AAACCAAUUUCAACUAUAAGGAAGAAAGUCUCAAAUUUACGGGUGUUUAAAAAACUUAAAUUUUAAGGAGUAUGUUAAUUGGUUUUUCAUUUUAUGAAUUCAGUUUGAAAGUAAUUUCUUUGUUUCUCAAUAGUUUUGGAUACUAUAUCACAUGUUAUUGGAUACAAGUGUAUUUUUUUCCCGCCAUUUGUACUUUUUUUUUUUGCCCGCCACACGAAAACGGUUACUGGAAACAGAUUUUUGAGAGGCAAAAGUGUUCGAGGUUUUUGUUAAGUAGUUUGCAGUGUUUGUUAUUUUUUUUCCGUUAUGUCUGGGCGUGGUAAAGGAGGCAAGGCCAAGGGCAAGGCCAAGUCGCGCUCCAGCCGGGCGGGGCUGCAGUUCCCCGUGGGCAGGAUCCACCGCCUGCUGCGCAAGGGCAACUACGCGGAGCGCGUGGGGGCGGGCGCCCCGGUCUACCUCGCUGCCGUGCUGGAGUACCUGGCCGCGGAGGUGCUGGAGCUGGCCGGCAACGCCGCGCGCGACAACAAGAAGACCAGGAUCAUCCCGCGCCACCUGCAGCUGGCCGUGCGCAACGACGAGGAGCUGAACAAGCUGCUGUCGGGCGUGACGAUCGCGCAGGGCGGCGUGCUGCCCAACAUCCAGGCCGUGCUGCUGCCCAAGAAGGCCAGCCAGGCCCCGGCGCCCGCCAAGGGCGGCAAGGCCAAGUCCCAGUCGCAGUCCCAGGAGUACUGAGUACUGAGCCGGCGCUCCUCACGCAGCUCUUUCAGUGUGACUGGCCGGUGCGGUAGAACUGUUGCGAUUCCAGAGCGUGUGUGAAUCACCAAAAAAUAAAAAAUUUCAACGUAUGCUGUUUUUAAGAUUAAACUUAUGUAUUUUUUA